GAUAAGCAUGGAGUCAUAGCAAGCUGUCGAGACCCGGGAACCCAACCUCCACCUCAGCACAUCUCUUCAACCUUUCCGCCACAGCAGCAGCAACAACAAUACCUACACCAACACUAACACUCACACUACCAACAACCACAAUGUCCCGGCAACUCAGCAUCGCGAUAAUCGAAGCGGACGUGCCUUUGGCAGGCACCGCCCAGCGUCACGGCAGCUACGGGGGGGUAUUCAGUUCAGUGCUCAACCAAGCAGCGCACACCCUGAUCCCGCCUGUCUCCCUCUCUCUCUCAUACCACGCCAUUUCCGUGGGGGGCACCUUCCCCAGCACAUCCGCGCUCGCCCAGCUCGACGGCAUAAUCAUCACCGGCUCGCGAGCGAGCGCCUUCGACGACACGCCGUGGAUCGUGGAACUGGUGGCGUUCGUCCGCGACGUGCUGCACCACCACAAAAAAGUCAAGGUCGUCGGCGUCUGCUUCGGCCACCAGAUCAUUGCGCGCGCCCUUGGCGUGCAGGUCCGCCGCGGCGAUGGGUGGGAGGCCAGUGUGUCAAACGUGCAUAUGACGCACGCUGGGAGGGAGAUCUUUGGGCGGGAUGUGUUGAGCAUCAACCAAAUGCACCGCGACAUUGUCACCGCGCUUCCCAGGGGCGCCGUGAACCUGGGCAGCAGCUCGCGCUGCGCGAUCCAGGGGAUGUUCGACGAAGCGCGGGGACGGUACAUCAGCGUGCAGGGGCACCCGGAGUUCACGCCCGAGAUCGUGGCGGAGAUAUUGACGGUGCGGCGGGACGCGGGUAUAUUCUCCAUGGCGGAGUGGCAGGAGAUGAUGGCGCGGCUGAAGAAUGGACAUCACGGCACUGAAAUUGCCGCCGUUUUCCUCAUGUUCCUGUUGGGAGAGUUGAAGGGGAUGGUUAAGGACGGGAACGCGGUCAAGGCGGCCGUGAGGGAGGCUAGUGCGGUGAAGACGAUGGUCGAGGAGUGUAAUGCCGUGAAGACGAUGGAGGAGGAGUGCACUGGGGGGAAGUUGGUGAAUGGGACGAAGGCGUAGACGCUGGCGAGGACUGAUACAGAGUGCAUAUACCAUUAGAAGGCGACGAUAGAGUCCAUAAAAAUGUUGGGUUAAUAUGCAAUAGAAAAUAUAGGAGGUUAUU